AUGCAAUGUUAUGCCCCAACUGAUCCAUCAGACGAUGCCUCCAGAGACGCGUUCUACUGCCAACUAGAAAGCGUCAUGACGAAAAUACCAACAGGAGACAUACGCAUAGUACUUGGCGAUUUCAAAUCAAGAAUCGGAAAUAAUAAUGAAGGGAUCCAAACAAUUAUGGGCUAUCAUGGCCUUGGUAGUGUAAGAAACGGAAAUGCAUGUACUUCAGCGGCUAAGUCGUCAUUGGGCUUUGUAAAGCAACAAAAUAAGCCGUGGUUACGUGAAAGCACUUGGCAAAUUGUUCAAAAAAGACGGGAUAUUAAAAAUCAGCUCCAAAGUACCGACGAUCCUAUACGGAAAGUGAAUCUCGCUUCACGUUACAAGAUUGCAGAUACGGAGGUAAAAGACAAGGCUGCAAAAGAUAAAGAGAGGUACUAUAACGAGAUUGCCAGCGACGCUGAAAAAGCUGCAGGUGUAUACGUUGCCAUCAACAAACUAGCAAAUGUGAAACCCCACAUACCACCAUUAAAAGAUAUAGACGGGAACACACUAACCACGGAGGAGAAACAGCUUACCGAGUGUAGAAGACAUUAUGAAACUCGCGAAAGCGUUGAAGAAGCAAACCCAACAGGGAUAUCUCGACUGAGCCCCCAUCUAGCACGGAAAUUAACACCGCAGUCCACAAGCUUAAAAACAACAAAGCUGCUGGCUCGGAUGAUUUUGGCAUUUGUCAUUCUUGAGAGAAUCGCCCCAGCUCUCAACAACAUAUUGCGCACGGAACAGAAUGGUUUCCGCCCCAAAAGAUCGUGUGUAAAUCAUAUUAACACGCUGCGUAUAAUUAUAGAGCAGUCAGCAGAAUGGCGGUCGCCACUGUACCUACUCUUUGUGGAUUUUGUGCGCGCUUUUGACACCUUGAGCAGGCGCGCAAUUUGGUCUUGCUUGAGGACUAAUGGAGUACCGGAAAAAAUCGUCAACAUCAUUCAAGAACUCUAUGAGGGAGCUGUGUGCAGUGCACUCUUCAAAGGCAAAAAGAGCGAGUUGUUCAGUAUUCACAAUGGUGUGCGUCAAUGCGUCACUGUACUUGAUGCUAUUAUAAGUAAAACAAAUAUCGAUAUUCCAUCGGGCAUACAUUGGCGCCCAUAUCAGAAACUCUGCGAUCUGGAUUAUGCCGAUGAUAUAUGCUUUUUGACACACAAAUUGUCUGAAGCACACGCUAAACUUACUGCCUUAGCACGAUAUGCAAGCCAAGUUGGAUUGCGAGCCAACUUCAAAAAAGCGAAGCUUAUACGUAUCGAAACUCCAAACCAGGACGCACUGACGCUUGAAGUGGGUGGCACGCUGGUUACAAUUGAGGACAUCGAAAAUUUCUGCUUCCUUGGCAGCACAGUGUCAAAAAAUGGUGGAUCAGAAGCUGAUUUACAAGUUAAUUCCGUCUCGCUGCCCCUUUUUAAAUUAAAUGCCAUCAAUCAAGACUGUCAAAGUAAGUGA